AUGCAAUCUGCUGAACAACAAAGACAUAUUUUGAGGAUGCUGGAGAAAUCUUUGGCAAGAGAAAUGGAUCUCGAAAAGAAAAAGACAGAAUUAAGACAAGUUGAAGAAGUGCUAAAUCAAAGGCUGGUCUCCUUAGAACAAGAAGUAUAUUGCAUGGGAGAUGAAACAGAAAAUGUUUGGGAAAGAUUGUUUGAGGUGGAUAAUAUGGCUGUGGUUUCAGUGGGAAUUUCAAAAGAGUUGUUGGGUCAAUUGCAGACACUCCAGCUAAAUUUGAAAACCUUUACUUUGGGUGAAAAGGUCAGAUUGCUUGAUAAAGAGCUUAAAGAAUCUGAGUUUCUGUUGCUGAAUGCAAAGUAUUCUGCAGAUGUGUCCAAUAUGGAGAUUAAUGAAGAGCUGGGCCUUCUUAAGAGUGGUGCUGGUGCCUCUGACAAGGUUGAUUCCCUUGAGAGGCAGUUAAGAGAGUUUGAUCUUCAGCUACAAUGUGCAAUCACAUAUGCCAAAGCUAGUCAAGAGAACCAAAACCUUCUGUAUUCUACAAUAGCUGAGCAGUGA